CGUUCACCUACCUCUUUACCUUUUCACCUCUAAACUCGCCAUGUCUGCUCUUCGUUGUGUUCGUCAAAUCGCGGCAUCGUCAAGCAGGACUCUCGCUGCUCGUUCAGCCAUCUCCUCUGCUGUUCGACUUCCAGCUUUCGCGGGCGCGCGUAUUGCUCUUCCCGCGACGCGCUCAUUCUCUGUUUCUUUCCGGAGGUUUGCAGAGGCGGAUAUUGCUCUCUCUCAAAAGCUUGCGGAGGAAUUGCAAUAUGAAAAGGAGGCUGCCAGCGAGGGCGAGCCUGAAUUCUUGACUGAAUUCAAGAAGAGUGGUGUCUGGACCAUUGAGGAUACUGUUGGCAGCGACGAGAUCACUCUCACUCGCAAGUACGGCAACGAGGAGAUUCGUCUUAUAUUUUCCAUCGCCGAUAUUCAAACUCCCGAGGAGAACGACUUCCCUGAGGAGGAGGCUGAGGGUGAGGAGGGAGCAUCGUCGGAAGAUACACUUGGUGCUACUUACCCUCUUCGCUGCUCCUUCUCUAUUUCCAAGCCCACCUCGCCGGGCGCUCUCACCAUCGAUGCCAUGUGCCAGGAGGGGCAGUUCAUCGUGGACAACAUUUCGUUCUACGGUGACAAGGCUUUGGCGACUGAGUUGACGGCUGAGGCUGACUGGAAACGAAGGGGGCUCUACAUUGGCCCGCAAUUCGAUACUUUGGAUGUGAGUGUCCAGGACGAGUUCGACAAGUUCCUCGAGGAGCGCGGCAUCAACGAGAGCCUCGCUUUCUUCGUCCCAGAGUACGCCGAGUUCAAGGAACAGAAGGAGUAUGUUCGCUGGCUCAACAAUGUCAAGACUUUCAUCGACGUUUGAAAGCAGCCCGCCCUCCCAUCACAUUCAUCCCCCCUCACACCCUAAAAUCACCUCCAUGUGUCGCACGCUCUCCGUUACCGUCAUCUGUAUCUAUAGCCGCAUCAUAAUACCUACCAUCGCUCUCCACUCAAUAUCUUCAUGGUCAUUAGAUAAUUCUACUAGCUCUGGCUCAGUUUCGCUAUGCUAUUGAGCACGGUUUACAGGUCUGCAACACCAUAGUGCUCGUCUCUUCAUACACCCGUUCAUUUUUCAGAGUGACGAAGCACCUUAAUUAGACCUCCAUGUAGCAUGCCUACCGAGGGGGAGAGGGAUGAGUCGAGCGAAAUGGUGGGCCACAAUGAUGUGGCUUGACACUGACGAUUCUAUGCUCUAUGUCGUCUCUUUGUUUUUCGCUCAUCAGUUCGCACAUUCUAU